AUGCUAAAAGCCGCUCAAACCGUUGACUUUUUCCGCGUCCAAUCAUUCUGCCUAAGGGCGAUUGGUAUUACUCGACGGGAAACGGGCGCGGACAGUGCGCUGUACGCGUUUAGCUUCUUCACCGUGCUCGUCAUGAAGCUGGGCACGGUACUGUUCGCCGCCAAACACAUCGACGAAAUCAUGCUGCUGUGCGACUGCUUGGGACCGACCUGUACCGCCUACCUUGGGCUGGUGCGCCAGUACAAUCUACGCCUCCACCGGACCGCCAUUUGGGGCAUCGUGGACGAGCUGGACGCGCUCAAGCGUACGCUCCAGCCCAACGAAGUCCGGAUCGUACGAAGGUAUAACCGCAUCGACCGAUUCCUUGCGUGGGCUUAUUUGAUUACCGCCAUGUCCACCGGCGUGCUGUUCGUGGGUGCUGCCCUCGUGCUGGUCGUCCUGUCCGAGCAAGCGGACUGGAAACUGCCACUGCUGAUGGACUUCCCACUCGAUAUGAAACAUCCGGUGACCUUUACGAUUUUCUUUGUCUGGUGCAGCGUAGCCAUAUUCUGGGUCGUGCUGGAUUGUGUCGCUUGCGAUGCUACGUUCGGUACGUUUUCCUCCUGCCUGGUGGCACACUUUGCCAUCAUACAGCACCGGUUCGAGAACCUGCAGUUCGAUACGGCCGGUAACGGCCAGCUCGGGAUGCUCAUCGAGUACCAUAAGCACAUACUGCAUUUGGCCGAUCGUGUCAUCGGUGCGUACAAGCACGUCAUCCUGAAUCAACUGCUCAUCUCGUCGAUACUGCUGUGCAUGCUCGGGUUCCAGCUGGUCAUUUCGGCCGGCACGACCAUUAUGGUGGUGUAUGUAGCGUACGGGACGGCCAUCACUAUACAGGUUACCUACUAUUGCUACUACGGGUCGCAGCUUUACCAUGAGAGCACCCUGGUGCACGAUGCGGUGUACAAAAGCAACUGGUACGAGGCGGAUGUACGCACGCAAAAAAUGUUGAUCAACUGCAUGAUGCGAGCGAACAAACCGGUGAACGCAAAGUCAGGAUUUACCGAGGCAUCGCUGCCUACGUUGAAGGCGAUUUUAAACUCCGCUGGAUCGUACGUAGCGCUGCUUAUGUCGCUGAUGGAGUAG